AUGUCAUUUCAAAAGUAAGGAAAUCUUGGUAUUGAGUAAUCCAAAAUUCAAAUUCUUAUUGUUUCUUACAAUCUAUUUGCAAUACAAAUAUCUUCAAAUAUUUAAAUAGCGUCAUUUAAAAAAAAAAUUGCAUAUUCAAGGAACAAUACCCAACCACGAUGUUUCGGCAAAUAUUUACCCGUGGAAUAUGCCGGGCUAUUAUUCUGCCCGCCUACAACUGCCUGAAAGCCACUGCGAUGCAGAGUUCAAUGAAAUUUUCCAAUUUUGCUUCUUAUUAUAUAUGUCCCAGAGCUUUUAGAUCACAAAAUGGAUAUUUCGCGCGUUUAUAUUCGGAAAAGAUUGAACCUCCGACAUUGACUGCUGAUUACAAUUACGUGAAAAAAGCUACAACCAAGUCCUCUGUUUUAAUUGUUGAUGUUAGGGAGCCUGAUGAAGUCAAGGAAUACGGGAAAAUACCAAAUAGCAUUAAUAUACCCUUGGGUACAGUUCCACAAGUGCUUGUUGAAAUGUCGGACAAACAGUUCCAGAAGACUUUCAACAGGCCAAAGCCAUCUGAAAACACGGAGAUCAUAUUCUAUUGCAUGAUUGGAAAGAGGUCUGGCAAGGCUCAGCAGGAAGCUAUCAACGCAGGGUAUAAAAAUACAAGGAAUUAUCUAGGUAGCUGGAAUGACUGGGCCAGCAAUCAACAGGCAGGAUAGAUAUUAUAGUGACCCUCCUGCAAUCUAAAUAAUUUAUAUUAUGAGUCUUGUUUUGUUGACAAAGUCAAUUACGUAAUAUGUUGUUUCACUACUGUUUUAUUAAAUUGUUGGUAUAA